AUGGCGCCGAACGUUCCACGCCAGUCCGUGUACUUUAACCCCAACGCCAAUGCAAAUCAACUAAACAAUAUAUAUGCCUGCAUUGGACGGAUCCGCUUUGCAUGCGAUACACUGCAUGAAACAAAUACAGCGCUUGAUUUCCACACAUCCGAUUUCUCUCGUCUUUCCACAGUGCUGAAAAACCAGCGUCAUUUUGAUCUUGUAUCUGAACGCGAUGUGAAGCAAGCUCGUGAGCAUGUCGCUGCUGAGAUUGCUCCGUUACUCCGAGAACUGAUUGUCCGUGCAGAAGAUGUCUUGGCAAAAAAUGAACGACAUGUGCGCACGUUAAGGAACAAAGCAACGGAAGAACUGGCGAAAGUUGAGGCUCAUUCUCAGUCUCAAUCUAUAGGCGGUGUACGCGACGAACCUGGAUCGCCGACCGUCGCUACGCUUGUCGCCCAGGCAGAAUUGGAAGAUAAACAGCGGGAAUUGGAAGAACUUCGACGAGAGCGUAUGUCUUUAAUGGAGCGAGUCCAAGCUAUGGAGAAAGAUGGAAACUAG